AUGGCGGAGGCGAGAUGGGGCAAGGGCAUUGGCGGGGAGACCCUCCAGUCGCUACAAGAGGAGAAGCAGAAACUUCAGGCUCAACUUCAAGAAGAGAAAGACAAGCGCGCGGCCGAACAGCAGCGCUUGAAGGAACGCACCCGGGAAACCUUUCAGAAACUGAAGGAGGAAAGCAGUGCCAAGGUUCAGUCGGUGCAGCAAGAUCUCGAAGCCGAGAAAGCCAAGGUUCAGGCUUUGAAAGAAGAAUUGGAAGCUUUGAAAUCAAAGUCGCAGAACGCGCAGAACGGAGAAGCGGAGACUCAGGAGGUGCAGCGGCUGAAAGACAAACUGGGCAAAGUGGAGGCCCAGUAUGCAUCGGAGCGAGAAGAGAUGGAGCGGCUGCGGCAAAGCGCCGUGGAGGCUGGACAGCUGCGAAAAGAGCUCGAGGACUUGAGAAGCGAAGCCAUGCAGGUUCAACCUCUGAAAGACCAGCUGGCCCAGCUUCAGGCCCAAAAUGCUGCAGCCAGCGCAGCGGCGGAUGAACAACGACAGGAGAUGUCUUCUCAGGUUCAGCAACUGAACCAGAAGAUUGCAGAUAUGCUGGCAGAAAUGCAGGAAAGCUGCGCUUCGGAGGCCGCGGAAGAAGCGGCACAGGUGCAACAGCUCAAAGACAAGCUUGCUGAAGUUGAGGCACAACAUGCCUCAGCGACUACUGCUGCUGAACAGCAUCGACAAGAGCUGGAGAACCUUAAAAGCCAAUCCUCUGUAGAGGUACAGCAACUGAAAGACAAAAUCGCUGAAAUCCAGGCACAGAGUUCUUCAUCAGAUGCGGCAGCAGAACAGCAACAGCAAGAACUCAAUGUCUUGAAAGCAGAAGCAGCACAGGUGCAGCAGCUCAAAGACAAGCUUGCUGAAGUUGAGGCACAAUAUGCCUCAGCGACUACUGCUGCUGAACAGCAUCGACAAGAGCUGGAGAACCUGAAAAGCCAAUCUUCUGUAGAGGUACAGCAACUGAAAGACAAAAUCGCUGAAAUCCAGGCACAGAGUUCUUCCUCAGAUGCGGCAGCAGAACAGCAACAGCAAGAGAUCAACGCCUUGAAAGCAGAAGCAGCACAGGUGCAGCAGCUCAAAGACAAGCUUGCUGAAGUUGAGGCACAAUAUGCCUCAGCGACUACUGCUGCUGAACAGCAUCGACAAGAGCUGGAGAACCUGAAAAGCCAAUCCUCUGUAGAGGUACAGCAACUGAAAGACAAAAUCGCUGAAAUCCAGGCACAGAGUUCUUCAUCAGAUGCGGCAGCAGAACAGCAACAGCAAGAACUCAAUGUCUUGAAAGCAGAAGCAGCACAGGUGCAGCAGCUCAAAGACAAGCUUGCUGAAGUUGAGGCACAAUAUGCCUCCGCGACUACUGCUGCUGAACAGCAUCGACAAGAGCUGGAGAACCUGAAAAGCCAAUCCUCUGUAGAGGUACAGCAACUGAAAGACAAAAUCGCUGAAAUCCAGGCACAGAGUUCUUCAUCAGAUGCGGCAGCAGAACAGCAACAGCAAGAACUCAAUGUCUUGAAAGCAGAAGCAGCACAGGCAAGUUGUGACCUGUUGCGCUUGAUUUUUCAGAAUCCAGGUUACAUGCAACAGAAAAGACACUCAGGAGAGUCACCAUUUGGAAUGGAUAGUACAAAGGGUCGUUUUUUUGGUGAGGUGCAGCAGCUCAAAGACAAGCUUGCUGAAGUUGAGGCGCAACAUGCCUCAGCGACUACUGCUGCUGCUGAACAGCAUCGACAAGAGCUGGAGAACCUGAAAAGCCAAUCCUCUGUAGAGGUACAGCAACUGAAAGACAAAGUCGCUGAAAUCCAGGCACAGAGUUCUUCAUCAGAUGCGGCAGCAGAACAGCAACAGCAAGAACUCAAUGUCUUGAAAGCAGAAGCAGCACAGGCAAGUUGUGACCUGUUGCGCUUGAUUUUUCAGAAUCCAGAUUGCAUGCAACAGAAAAGAGAGUGCAAAGGGUCGUUUUUUGGUGAGGUGCAGCAGCUCAAAGACAAGCUUGCUGAAGUUGAGGCACAAUAUGCCUCAGCGACUACUGCUGCUGAACAGCAUCGACAAGAGCUGGAGAACCUGAAAAGCCAAUCUUCUGUAGAGGUACAGCAACUGAAAGACAAAAUCGCUGAAAUCCAGGCACAGAGUUCUUCCUCAGAUGCGGCAGCAGAACAGCAACAGCAAGAAAUCAACGCCUUGAAAGCAGAAGCAGCACAGGUGCAGCAGCUCAAAGACAAGCUUGCUGAAGUUGAGGCACAAUAUGCCUCAGCGACUACUGCUGCUGCUGAACAGCAUCGACAAGAGCUGGAGAACCUGAAAAGCCAAUCCUCUGUAGAGGUACAGCAAUUGAAAGACAAAGUCGCUGAAAUCCAGGCACAGAGUUCUUCCUCAGAUGCGGCAGCAGAACAGCAACAGCAAGAAAUCAACGCCUUGAAAGCAGAAGCAGCACAGGUGCAGCAGCUCAAAGACAAGCUUGCUGAAGUCCAGGCACAAAAGUCCUCAUCGGAUGCAGCAGCGGAGGAGAAGCAGAGUGAGGUGCAGCAGCUUCAAGAGAAGCUGUUGGCAUUGGAGGCAUCUGCUGCACAAACACAGCAAGAACUUGAAGCUUUGAAAGCAGAGGCUUCCAAGGUUCCACGGCUGAAAGAAAAGAUUGCAGAGAUAGAGGCGGCUGGCACGGAACAGCAGAAGCGGCUGGACUGUGCGACCGAGGAAGCCGCGCAGGUGCCGCAGUUGAAGGAACAAGUGGCCGCAGCACAGGCUGCAGUAGAAGCUGCCAGGGAUCAAGCCGCACAGGCUGUGAAGAAGCAGAAGGAGGCGGAACGGGUGCGUUCCGCGGAGGCCCAGGCCUGGCAACAGGCGGAGGUGGCAUUGGAAGCGGCCAAGGCAGAGAAGGCACAUCUUCAAAAGACGGUGGACCGUCUCACGGCCGAAGUGGCACAAGCCAAGCAAGCCAAGCCUCAGGCGGAGCUUCAAGAAGCUGCAGCGGUACAGCUGCAGCUGAGUGAAGUGCAACAGGAACUUCAAAGUGCGAGAGACGCCUGUGCAGCCGAGGCGCAGCGUGUUCGCGAGUCGCAGCUGCAGCUGCAGCAGAUGCAGGGACAGCUCGCCGAGGUGACUCAGUUGCGAGCGCAUGUCUCGGAAUUGGAGGCGGGUUUGGAGCUCGCGCGCGAGGCAGCGUUGCAGGCCCGGCGAAGGUUGGGGGAAAUUCUAAGAUAG